GCCGCCGCCGCCGCUGCCGCCGCCCGCCGCGAGGACCGAGGGAGCGGGGUUGCAGCCGCCUGCCCGCCCGCGUGCCCGGGCUGCGGUGGGCCAGGAUGUCGGGCUUCCUGGAGGAGCUGCUCGGCGAGAAGCUGGUGACGGGCGGCGGCGAGGAGGUGGACGUGCACUCGCUGGGCUCCCGCGGCAUCUCGCUGCUCGGGCUCUACUUCGGCUGCAGCCUGAGCGCCCCCUGCGCGCAGCUCAGCGGCAGUCUGGCCGCCUUCUACGGCCGCCUGAGGGGGGACGCCGCGGCCGGGCCGGGGGCCGGGGCCGGGCCGGGGCCGGGGGCCGGGGCGGCCGCGGAGCCCGAGCCGCUGCGCCGCCUGGAGAUCGUCUUCGUGUCCUCGGACCAGGACCAGCGGCAGUGGCAGGACUUCGUGCGGGACAUGCCGUGGCUGGCGCUGCCCUACAAGGAGAAGCACAGGAAGCUUAAACUUUGGAACAAAUACCGAAUUUCCAACAUUCCAUCACUAAUAUUCCUAGACGCCACCACCGGGAAGGUCGUGUGCAGGAAUGGGCUGCUGGUGAUCCGUGAUGACCCAGAAGGUUUGGAAUUCCCUUGGGGACCUAAGCCCUUCAGGGAAGUCAUUGCGGGGCCCUUGCUUAGAAAUAACGGACAGUCCCUGGAAAGCAGCAGCCUGGAGGGGUCUCACGUGGGAGUCUAUUUCUCCGCACACUGGUGUCCACCCUGCCGAAGCCUCACCCGGGUCCUGGUGGAAUCCUACCGGAAGAUCAAGGAGGCAGGCCAGAAAUUUGAGAUCAUCUUUGUUAGUGCGGACAGGUCAGAGGACUCAUUCAAACAGUACUUCAGUGAGAUGCCCUGGCUCGCUGUCCCCUACACCGAUGAGGCCCGGCGGUCACGCCUCAACCGGCUGUAUGGAAUCCAAGGCAUCCCCACCCUCAUUGUGCUGGACCCACAGGGGGAAGUGAUCACGCGGCAGGGGCGCGUGGAGGUGCUGAACGAUGAAGACUGCAGGGAGUUCCCGUGGCACCCCAAACCUGUGCUGGAGCUCUCCGACUCCAAUGCCGUGCAGCUCAACGAGGGCCCCUGCCUCGUCCUUUUUGUAGAUUCUGAGGAUGAUGGGGAGUCCGAGGCAGCCAAGCAACUGAUCCAGCCAAUAGCCGAGAAGAUCAUUGCCAAGUACAAAGCCAAAGAGGAGGAGGCGCCACUUCUGUUCUUUGUCGCGGGGGAGGAUGACAUGACUGACUCCCUGCGAGACUACACCAACCUGCCCGAGGCGGCCCCUUUGCUCACCAUUCUGGACAUGUCAGCCCGGGCCAAGUACGUGAUGGACGUGGAGGAGAUCACCCCUGCCAUUGUGGAGGCCUUUGUGAAUGACUUCCUAGCAGAAAAGCUCAAACCAGAGCCCAUCUAGUGGGGCUCCGGCCUCAGGAGACGUUAUUUAAAACUUGGUCUUCUCCUCUUCCUCCUCCCCUUUCUUCCCUCCACCCUUGGACUUUUCCGGCGUGUCCUGAAUCACACAACCCAAGUGUCCAA